CUGGAUAAAUUUCCUAUUGAAGGUGGCCAGAAGGAUCCCAAGCAAAGGAUCAUCCCCUUCCUCCCAGGCAAGAUCCUGUUCCGGAGAAGCCACAUCCGGGACGUGGCAGUGAAGAGGCUGAAACCUAUCGAUGAGUACUGCAGGGCACUUGUCCGGCUGCCCCCCCACAUUUCACAGUGUGACGAAGUCUUUCGGUUCUUUGAGGCACGGCCUGAAGAUGUCAACCCCCCCAAAGAAGAUUAUGGCAGUUCCAAGAGGAAAUCAGGUGCCGACACCAACGCCGAGCCCAUGAUCCUGGAACAGUACGUGGUGGUGUCCAACUAUAAGAAGCAAGAGAACUCGGAGCUGAGUCUCCAGGCCGGGGAGGUGGUAGAUGUCAUCGAGAAGAACGAAAGCGGCUGGUGGUUUGUAAGCACGUCUGAAGAGCAGGGUUGGGUCCCUGCCACCUACUUGGAGGCCCAGAAUGGCACACGAGAUGACUCAGAAAUCAACACCUCCAAGACCGGAGAAGUGUCCAAGAGACGCAAAGCCCACCUGCGGCGGCUGGAUCGCCGGUGGACCCUGGGCGGGAUGGUCAACAGGCAGCAGAGCCGAGAGGAGAAGUAUGUCACCGUGCAGCCCUACACCAGCCAAAGCAAGGAUGAGAUUGGCUUCGAGAAGGGUGUCACCGUGGAGGUGAUUCGGAAGAACUUGGAAGGCUGGUGGUACAUCAGAUAUCUAGGUAAGGAGGGCUGGGCACCAGCGUCCUAUCUGAAGAAAGCCAAGGACGACCUGCCAACCCGGAAGAAGAACCUGACGGGUCCGGUGGAGAUCAUUGGGAACAUCAUGGAGAUCAGCAACCUGCUCAACAAGAAGGCAUCCGGGGAAAAGGAGGCGCCGGCUGAAGGCGAGGGAUCUGAAGCCCCCAUCACCAAGAAAGAGAUCAGCCUGCCCAUCCUCUGCAAUGCCUCCAAUGGCAGUGCCUUGGGUGUCCCAGAGAGGACCACGUCGAAGCUGGCCCAGGGCUCCCCAGCUGUGGCCAGGAUCGCCCCUCAGAGGGCUCAGAUCAGCUCCCCAAACCUGAGGACAAGGCCUCCCCCGCGCAGAGAAUCCAGCUUGGGGUUCCAGCUGCCGAAGCCACCAGAGCCCCCUUCUGUUGAGGUGGAAUAUUACACCAUUGCGGAAUUCCAGUCUUGCAUUUCUGACGGGAUCAGCUUUCGGGGUGGACAGAAGGCUGAGGUCAUCGAUAAGAACUCAGGUGGCUGGUGGUACGUGCAGAUUGGGGAGAAGGAGGGCUGGGCCCCCGCCUCCUACAUCGAUAAACGCAAGAAGCCCAACCUGAGUCGCCGAACCAGCACCCUGACCCGACCCAAGGUGCCACCACCCGCGCCGCCCAGCAAACCUAAGGAGCCCGAGGAGAAUCCCGCGGGAGCCUGUGAGAGCCAGGACUCCCCGCUGAAGCUUAAGUAUGAGGAACCCGAGUAUGACAUCCCUGCCUUUGGCUCUGACUCGGAGCCUGAGCUGAGUGAGGAGCCCACAGAGGACAGAGGCUCAGGUGACAGGCGUCCUGCCCAGCCCCGGAGGCCCUCGCCUGCCUCCUCCCUGCAGCGGGCCCGCUUCAAGGUAGGCGAGUCUUCCGAGGACGUGGCCCUGGAAGAGGAGACCAUCUAUGAGAAUGAAGGCUUCAGACCCUACACAGAAGAUGCCCUGUCCGCCAGAGGCUCCUCUGGGGAUAGUGACUCCCCCGGAAGCUCCUCAUUGUCUCUUGCCAUGAAAAACUCCCCCAAAUCAGGUUCUCCCAAGUCAUCAUCACUCCUAAAGCUCAAGGCGGAGAAGAAUGCGCAGGCAGAACUGGGGAAAAACCAGUCCAACGUCUCCUUCGCCUCCUCCAUCACCAUCAACACUACCUGCUCCUCCUCCUCCUCCUCCUCUUCCUCUUUGUCCAAGAACAUUGGUGACACAAAGCCACGCUCCGCCUCAGAUGCAGGCAUCCGCGGCACCCCCAAGGUCGGGACCAAGAAAGACGCCCCCGAGGCGAAGGCCGGGCUGGCCUCCUGUGCGCGAGCCAAGCCAUCUGUCCGACCAAAGCCAGUCCUGAACCGAGCGGAGUCUCAAAGCCAGGAAAAGAUGGACAUCCGCUCCUUACGGCGCCAGCUGAGGCCCACGGGCCAGCUCCGGGGGGGCCUCAAGGGCUCUAGGAGUGAGGACUCAGAGCUGCCCCCCCAGACAGCCUCUGAGGGAUCCAGGAGAGGCUCUGCUGACGUCAUCCCCCUCCCAGCCACCACUCCCCCAUGUGCUCCCAAGAAGGAAUGGGAAGGGCAAGGCGCCACCUACGUGACAUGCAGUGCCUAUCAGAAAGUCCAGGACUCCGAGAUCAGCUUCCCUGUGGGCGCUGAGGUGCACGUGCUGGAAAAGGCAGAGAGUGGAUGGUGGUACGUGAGGUUUGGGGAGCUAGAGGGCUGGGCUCCUUCCCACUAUUUGGUGCCCGAGGAGAACCAGCAACCUGACUCCACUGGCAAAGAGCCAGACACAGUCAAGAGCACUCAGAAUGAAGGCAAGUCGGACAGUCUGGAAAAGAUCGAGAAGCGGGUGCAGGCGCUGAACACUGUGAACCAGAGCAAGAGGGUCACCCCGCCCAUCCCCUCUAAGCCUCCUGGGGGUUUCGGCAAGACCUCAGGCACCGUAGCGGUGAAGAUGCGGAACGGGGUGCGGCAGGUGGCCGUCAGGCCCCAGUCUGUGUUUGUGUCCCCACCACCCAAGGACAACAACCUGUCCUGUGCCCUGCGGAGGAAUGAGUCACUGACGGCCACUGACAGCCUUAGGGGCGUCCGCAGGAACUCCUCCUUCAGUACUGCACGGUCAGCAGCCACCGAGGCCAAGGGCCGCUUGGCGGAGCGGGCUGCCAGCCAGGGCUCAGAAUCCCCCCUGCUGCCUACACAGCGCAACGGCAUCCCCGUCUCCCCCGUGCGUCCUAAGCCCAUCGAGAAGUCUCAGUUCAUCCACAACAACCUCAAAGAUGUGUACAUCUCUAUCGCAGACUACGAGGGGGAUGAGGAGACAGCCGGCUUCCAGGAGGGGGUGUCCAUGGAAGUGCUGGAGAGGAACCCCAACGGCUGGUGGUACUGCCAGAUCCUGGAUGAGGUGAAGCCCUUCAAGGGCUGGGUACCCUCCAACUACCUUGAGAAGAAAAACUAACAGACACUGGGUCCCUCCAGACUCAGUGCGCUGCUCUCGCUGCCGUUGGAUGAGUGGUGGCGUGGAGACAAGGGGGAGGACGGUGGGAGGGGGGAGGGGGGUGACGAUGAACCCUGCGGAAUAUGUGACCCCCGAAGACACCCUCCAGCUGGAAGGGAGGGUGUGGUGGGUGCACACACUUAGUAGGAGAAA